AUUUUCAUUUUUUCUUUCUCUCUUUCCUCUCUCCCUCUCCUCUCUCUACCCACACACACCACCUCUCUCCCUCUCCUCUCUCUACCCACACCACCAGCUACAGCCCACCGCCCCACCAGCCCAGACCUCAACCCACCGCCUCCGACCACCGCCAGUCCACCGUCAGCGGCGAGAUGGAAUCUCGUAGUUGGAUGUACGAUAGAACUAAUCCUGGUCGAUUUGGGUUGAAGAAUGAAUUUGUUGCCGGCGUUUAUGAUUUUGUUGACUAUGCUAAAACACUUGAGGAUUUUACAAUUCAUGGUGUGGUUAGGUGUCCUUGUUCUAAAUGUGAAUGUAUGACAUUCAAGACCCCAGAGAUUUUUAGGCGACAUCUAAUGGAAAAAGGUUUUAAAAGUAAUUAUACAGUUUGGACUAGUCAUGGAGAAACGCGUAACAAUUUGGGUGGAUUUCAGAACUUUGUUGUGGGUGAAAGUAGUAGGAUGGUAGAACCUACUGUCCAGAAUUCUAGAAUGCACGACAUGGUUCAGGAUGGUUAUGGCAUGCAUUGGGGCUUUGAAUCAAGUGGCCAUGUUGAAGAACCUCCCAAUGAAGAGGCCAACCGUUUUUAUAAAAAGUUAAAAAAGCUAGUCGGCCCUUACAUGAUGGUUCUACCCACUCUCAAUUAUCUGUCGCUGUUAGAUUAUUGAGUAUCAAAGCAGAUAACAAUGUUCCCCAAGGGGCAAUAGAUUCUGUGAUUGACCUUAUGCAUGAAUUGGUUGACCCGACUCUAGAGAUACCCGAUAAUUACUAUAAGGCAAAGAGAUUGGUAACUAAGUUGGGACUCUCGUCGGUGAGAAUUGAUUGCUGUGAAAAUGGCUGCAUGUUAUACUAUAAUGAUGACGUCGAUCUAGAAUCUUGUAAGUUUUGUGGUAGUGAACGGUUUAGGGAUACACGUAACGGGAAGAGAGUGGUUGUUAAGGCGAUGCAUUACUUAGAGCUCGUAAUAAUUGCGUUACUUAGAGCGAUGCAUUACUUAAGGAUGCGUUACUUAGAGCUCGUAAUAAUUGCAUGCAGCCUGAUUGGAUCCAAGAUGAAUGGUGGAAGGAGCUGCUGCACUACUGGGCAACUGAUCCGACUUUUUUUAAACGAAGUGAAAAUGGGAAGGCCGCUAGAGCCUCAGUGAAGGGUGGAUCGCUGCACACUAGUGGCGCCACGAGUCAAGUGGACUUGAUGAAGCGGCUGGAGCUCCAGAGGGGUCAGGCGAUACCUCAAGAUAAGAUCUUCAAGAUUACUCACACGAGGAAGGAGAAGAACGUUGAUAGUACAAACCAAUGGGUUGAGCCAAGGGCUGAGCGAACUUGGAAUGAAUUUCAACAACACUUUGGGGAGUUUCGAGUCACUCAGCCAAGUACCACGCAGAUGACCGACGAGUUAAUACAACAACAAUGGAUUGAGAAGGUUGCUCCUCCAACAAGGCACGGGACAGUUUAUGGGAUGCCUAAUCGAGCCUUUCGUCGAUACUCGUCGGCCCUUGAAGCCGUAGGUGUUACUGAUGAUGGGACAGUUGAUCCUAAGGAGUAUGAAGCCAUGAGGCAGCAAGUUGACCUGCUAACAAGAACACUUAAUUCCUCGGAGGCCAGGAUGUUGGGUAUGCAAGCCCAGAUUGAUAGCUUACUUAAUUCGCGGCAGUUUCCGAUUCCCCCGUGUCCUGGGGAUGCUCGUAGGUCACAACCUCCUAGCCAAACCCGACCUUCCCAAGGUAGACGAAUUUGGUCACAAGCUGACAUAAAUCAUGCUCUUGUCGAUGAGUCUAGUUGGGAGGAUACGGAUCAUGUCUCUAACACCGAACAUUGACUUUUUUGAUUAAUGUGCUUUUGGAUUCUAAUUCUGCUAUGUUUAAAUGGAUAUGUAUAUGAAUGUAGUUUUAAUUUCAACUAGAAGUACUUUUAAUUUUAAGAUGUUUAAGUGUUUGAACGUAGUUUAUGAUGUUUAAGUGUUUGAAUGGACAAUGUUUAAGUGUUCAAACAUUGUUUAUGGUUGUUGUGUUGCAUUGUUGAUGAAUUGGAUGACUGUUUUGGUUGAUGAA